UAUUUUUAAGUUUAUAUGGAGGUGAUUAAUAACAGAGUCUUGAACAAAACUAUAGAGCGAAAUCUGUACUUUGGAAAGGGGAAUGAAAGAGUAUGAGAAGGUUUUCCUCCCUAGCUUCAAGGGCUUCUUUCACCAAUCUCUCUAAACAAAACCAUAAUUCCCUCACACCAAAAACUUCAAAUCUUGCCACCACUAGCAAUCCCAGCACUGAACAAAGGAAUUCCAACACUUCAACCGCAGCUAAAAAAGGACACUUUAUUGACCAUGAGUAUUUUACCCAGAUUCUUGCACGAAAAGACUGGUAUUUAUUGCUAAACCAUGAGUAUAAAGCCAAGAGGGUUACUUUGAAUCAACAGGCAGUUGUUAGUAUUUUGCAAAAUCAAGAAAACCCGUUACACCCUUUGAGAUUUUAUAUUUGGGUUUUGAAUAUUUGUCCCUCUUUUUCCAAGAAUCAAUCAGUUAAAGGGGUUUUAGGUAAUGUACUUUAUAGAAAAGGUCCACUUUUGUUGUCAGCUGAGCUAGUUCUCGAUAUCAAGAAUUCUGGAAAUGUAGUUACUGUUGACUUGCUUUGUGUUUUGAUUGGUAGUUGGGGGAGAUUAGGGUUAGGGAAGUAUUGUGCUGACAUUUUAGAGCAAGUUUCUUAUUUGGGGCUUGCUCCUAGUGCUAGGUUGUAUAAUGCGGUAAUCGAUGCGUUGAUCAAGUGCAACUCGCUUGACUUAGCUUAUUUAAAGUUUCAGCAAAUGCAGGUCGAUAACUGUAAUCCCGAUAGGUUUACGUAUAAUAUUCUCAUUCAUGGAGUUUGUAAGGCUGGGGUUGUGGAGGAGGCGCUCCGUCUGGUGAAACAGAUGGAGGGGGUGGGGUACUCUCCCAAUGUGUUUACUUACACAAUUUUGGUUGAGGGGUUUUGUAAUGCUAAAAGGGUAGACGAGGCAUUUGAGCUCUUCGGUGUAAUGAAGAGUAGGGGUGUUGUUCCAAAUGAAGCUACUGUAAGAUCAUUGGUUAAUGGGGUAUUUCGCUGUAUGCCACCAGAUAAGGCCUUUGAAUUGUUAUUUAGAUGGUUAGAGAAAGCUGUCUUGCCUAAUGUAGCUUGUUCUUCCAUGCUACAUUGCCUUAGUACUAAUUUUUUGCCAAGAGAAGCAGCUCAACUUUUAAGAAUAUCAAUUGAUAGAGGUUACUUACUGGAUAACUCAACUCUUAACAUUGUACUUACUUGUUUAAUCAAAGGAUUAGAGCUUGAUGAUACUUGUCGGAUGUUAGACUUCAUCACUGUUCGAGGGGUGAAGGUUAGUGUUGAUAUUUAUCUUGCACUUGCUGAUGCUCUUUAUAAAGCAGGGAGAGUAGAACAGGGGAACGGAUAUUUGGACCAGAUGUUUAAGGAUGGUCUUGUAUCUAACACAUUCUUCUAUAACCGGGUCAUUGAUUGCUUUUGCAAAAUCAAAAUGAUGGACAAAGCAUCAGAAGCUUUCAAAGAUAUGCUUCAGAGAGGUGUCACUCCCAAUGUUGUAACUUUUAACACUCUUAUUACUGGAUAUGCCAAGGUAGGAGAGGUUAAGAAGGUACAUGAGCUACUAGUCAUGCUACUGGAACAUGGUUCUCGACCAGACAUUUUUACGUUUAGUUCACUGAUUGAUAGCCUUUGUAGAGUUAACCGGAUUGGCGAUGCGUUAGACUGUUUCACAGAGAUGGUAGAAUGGGGAGUUGCUCCAAACGCUGUUACGUACAAUAUCUUAAUUCGUGCACUUUGUAUCAUCGGGGAUGUUGGUAGAUCACUGAAAUUAUUAAGAAAAAUGCAAGGUGAUGGAAUAAAAGCAGAUGUUUUCUCCUUCAACGCCUUAAUUCAAAGUUUUUGUAGAAUGAAUAAGAUUGAUGAGGCACAAACACUUCUGCUAAGCAUGUUGACGCUAGAUUUGAGCCCUGAUAAUCAUACUUAUGGUGCUUUUAUCAGAGCCUUAUGUAACUCUAGGAGAUUUGAUGAAGCCAAGAACUUGUUUUUCUCAAUGGAAGCAAAUGGAUGCGUCCCCGACGUUUUGACAUGUAAAUUAUAUCUUGAUUCAAUGAUCCAAUCAGGUCGUACUGAAGAAGCUCAGGGUGUUUUAAGGGAGUGCAGAAAAAGGGGAAUGUUAUUGGAACCCAUUACUUCUUCGUAGUAUCUUUGAUUUAGGAGUGAUUAUCCCAUAAUGCUCCCAAGCUACGCUGCUUGUUAGCGAAUCAUGAACAUAAACCUGCUCUUAAUUCAUCAGGCUGGGUUAUGCUCUAUAUUAUUGGAGCCAAAUGCACUAUAGGAAGGGAAUGAGCUGAGAAAGCAAGCAACAUUCCAGCUAUCUCUAGAUCUAAAAGAAUUGUUACUACUUGUUUCUCCGUGGGAUCAGGAAUAACUAUCUUGGUGCUUUGCAUUAAACACCUCUCUUGAUCUUAAGAAAUCUGAUUUUCAUUUCAAGGGCCUAACUUAAGGGAAAAGAAGGAAGUUACUGGCAUGGUCUUAUCAAUGACAAAGUCUAAACUGAUUUUUCUAUCCGUUAUAGAUACUUCGCUGUGAAUAUGAAGAUGGAGCUCCGUGUUUAGGUCUCAUACAUUAAUCCUGGGUGUUAGUUGGUAAAAAUAUUUUUCCUGCCUUCUUACAUGCUUCUGGCUGCUGCAGCGAAGUUUUUCUCUUCUUUCCUUUCCGCAUCUAUGGUCACAAAAGUAUCAACAUUCUGUUCUAAGUUGGCCAUUUUGGGCUAGAAUGGUUGUUCUUUUGGGGUUUAAAUGAAAUGUACAAUGGCAGAAGUUCAAUCACCCCUCAGUGCUCAGCCAAGCAGACUAGGAAAA